AUGUUCUAAAAAUUAUCGUGAAUGUUUUGAGUCAAGGAAAUCAGAGUCAAGGAAAACUUAAUAAAUAUUAUAAUAUUGAUACUGCGUCUAUUUGUACUUUUACUACCAACAUGACACUACUUUUUGUGUUGGGUUGUAUAGUCGGCAUUUUACUUAUUUACUUUGCAGCUGUCUUGUUUUAUAUACACUGUGAACAUAUUACCUGCACAAGUGAUGUUUGUUUGGUAGGAAAAACGGCAUUGGUUACCGGUGGAAGUAAAGGCAUAGGAUACGACAUAGCCCUUCAACUGGCGGCUAGAGGCUGCAAGGUUAUCAUAGCCAGCAGAACAGUGGAUGAAGAGCUGCGAAAACGAAUUAUACGUGAAACUAAUAACCCGAAUAUUAGACUAGAACAUGUUGACAUGGCUUCCUUUAAAUCAGUACGUCAACUUGCAAGUAGGUUAAAAGAGUCGGAAUCGAAAUUAGAUAUACUAAUUAAUAACGCUGGGAUUCUGCACUGUUCAGACGUUCCUACAGAAGACGGAUUGAAUGAAACACUGCAGGUUAACCAUUUCAGCCCAUUUCUGCUAACUCAUCUACUUGUGGAACUUUUGAGGAAGUCUGAAGGUGCUAGAAUAGUUUUCACGACAUCAUUUAUGGCUUAUUGCCAUACGAUGACCAGGAAGGGUGUAAGUCGUCUCAAAUUCAACACAUUCAAGCUGAGGUUCUUCAACUACACAAAUUCCAAAUUCUGUAACACAAUAACCUCAGACAUAUUUGCCAAGAAACUUAAACGAUGGAAUAUCAGUUGCAAUAGUUACCAACCUGGAUUAGUUAAAACAGUGAUAUUUGAAAACUCUGAUAGAAGUACGACGAAUUUGUUCGAUACGUUAUUAUAUUAUUCAACAUUAUAUAUAUGGCAAAAAUUUGGUACGAAAGUAAGGCUAACCUCUCAAGCCGCUGUGCAAAUAGCAAUUGCCAAAGAGUUUGAGAAUGUAACAGGCAAUUUUGUUGGAAGAUAUUUUCAUAAUAUAAGACCCAGGUCAGCUUAUGAUACAAAAUUGUGUGAAGCAAUCUGGAAGGCCUCAGAGGAAAUAGUACAGCUUAAACCGGAGGAAAAACUGGAUUAGUGUACCUAUAGACAAUAAUAUUUUAUGAAGUAAUUUAUAAUUUAUUAAAAACCAGAAUUUA